AUGAGUCAAUCGACAGCAAAAAACUUAAGAGAUUUGCUUAUAAAAUAAUAACUUAAUAGUAAAAUUAAAUUUAAAGGCGAACCUGUGAAUAAAAUUUAACCAACUAGAAAAUAAUCAGGUAAUUGGGAUAAAAAAGUUGAUAUUUCCUAAUGCUAAUGCAAUUAAAAGAAUUGCAAUAUAUGCAUAAAGAAAAGGGUUGUAAUUAAUGCUUCACCUUUACUGAAAGUCAAAGUUAGCACUAAAAACUAACCAUGUGAAACUGAUAGUAAAAGAGAGAUCAAAGCAGGCAGUUCAGUUUCAGCACAUCAAUCUCCUAAUCGUGAAAAACAAUAUUAGAUGCAAUAAAUGUUUUUACAAAAAUAACUUUAAAGCCAUUUACAUCAAUUAUAAGAAUCACGUCCAUAAUCAAGAUAAAUACCAAAAGAAUAGGUAAAGAAACCAUAAUUUUAUCAUAAUAUGGAUAAUUUUUUGAAUAGCUAUUAUUAAAAAAGUAAUCUAAGCAAUUCUUAGUUAUAUGAAAACAGUUACAAUGUUAAAUCAAAAGCAAUUCCAAAACGAGUAGAAUCUAAAAGUCAUGUAUUAAGUAAUACUCAAACUUCAUUUAAAUUAAAAUUGACUUAAUAAGGACCUAAAUUUUCAGCUGUAUCUUAUUGAAUUUUAUAUUAGAUUAUCAAUUCUGGAUUAGUUGAAUCAGCUCCAAACUCUCCUAAUAAUCAUGAAAGUUCAAAUAAAAGUAAAUUAACACCUAAUGAUUCUAUCUCGAAAAAUAAAAUUAAUUAAAAUGAUUCAAAAUCAAGUGAAUUAAGAAGAAAAUCUACAGGUGAGAUCUCAGAUAAAACUUAAAUACUUAGUUUAAAAAUAGAAGAAUAAGUAAAUAGAACUCAUUUUAAAUUUCUCUAUGUAAUUGGUAAAGGUGGAUUUGGAAGAGUUUGGAGAGUAGAAAUGAAAAAGAAUAAGAAAUUAUUUGCAUUAAAAGAAAUGUCAAAAGCUAAAGUAAUAUAAAAAAGAAGUGUUAAUUCAGUUUUAAAUGAGAAAUAUUUAUUAGAACAUUUACAUCAUCCUUUUUUGGUUAAUAUGUGGUAUGCAUUUUAAGAUAGGGAAAAUCUAUUUUUGAUUAUUGAUUUAUUGACUGGUGGUGAUCUGAGAUUUCAUUUAGGAAAGAUGAGAAGGUUUAGUGAAGCUUAAACCAGUAAAGAAUAUUUAUUACAAUAGAAUUUUUUGUUGCUUGCAUAUUGUUGGCUUUAACUUAUUUACAUUAAAAUGGGAUAAUCCAUAGAGAUUUAAAACCAGAAAACUUAGUAUUAGAUUAAGAUGGAUAUAUGAGAUUAACAGAUUUGGGAAUAGCUAGAAUGAAUAAAGGAAAUAAUGCUGGAGAUACAUCAGGAACACCUGGAUACAUGGCACCUGAAGUAAUGUGUAGAAUGGAUCAUUCAGUUGUGGCUGAUUAUUAUGCACUAGGAGUAAUAACAUAUGAAUUGAUGCUUGGAAGAAGACCUUAUAAUGGUAGAACUAGAUAAGAUAUCCGAGAGUAAAUUCUAGCUAAAUAAGUUUAAGUAAAAAAGGAAGAGUUACCUUUAGGAUGGAGUGAGGAUUCACUUGAUUUUGUAAAUUAGGUAUUUAAUAUUAUUUGAUGAUUUUAUUAGUUAAUAUUAAGAAAGCCGGAAAGAAGACUUGGUAGUAAUGGCAUUGAAGAAAUAUUACAUCAUUCUUGGUUGAAAGGAUAUCCUUGGGAUGAUUUAUUAAAAAAGAAAAUUAAAGCUCUUUAUGUUCCAGGAGUAUUUUAUUUAAUAGAAUGUUUAGGCUGUAGAUGAUAAUUUCGAUUUUUAGAAUCAAAUUUCAGAGGAAACUUAAUUGAAUGAUGAUUAAUAAUUAGAGAAUUAAGGUCUUUUAAGGAGAGAUACUGUUUAAUGUAAAAAAAUUAAUAAAAUAUAGCUUUAUUUGAUGGAUAUAAUUUUGAUGUUGAAUUAAAAAACAUUUAACAUUAAUAAACAUAAAAGAAUUAAUCUUAAAGAAAAUCAUAACCUGUUUCUCCAGAGAAAAGAGUAUGA